GAUGCUUGUAAGAUGCGUUCCUCUCCAAAAAAUGUAUUCUUUCUUUCGAGUUUAACAUUAAUUUUUUUAAUUAAUGUCAAUUUUACGGUGGCUAUUCGGUGGAAUAUGGCUAUGAAGGUCAGCUGAGACUGAAAAAUAUCCUGGGUGAGCCGAAACUCGAGAAUUUCCAACGAACCUCCGUUUCAACUAGAAGAUUAUCAUGACGUCACGGUUGGAUCGACUUUUUGUACUUUUGGAAACUGGAUCUAGUGCCAUAACUAGAAGAGCCGCAGCUCAACAGCUUGGCGAGGCCCAACGGCUGCAUCCGCAUGAACUGCAUCAUCUUUUAGCCAGAGUUUCUACAUUAUUGAAGUCACCUCAGUGGGAUACGAGGGUAGCCGCUGCCCACGCCGUUCAAGCAAUACUUGCCCAAGUUCCACAAUGGGACCCGAAACCCCUACACCUAAAUGUGCCUGACGCCCAACUGCAACAAGAUGAAACCGAGGAUGGGCAAGUACGUCAGUUCAGUAAAGUCAACAGACUCAGCUUGCGAGAUUUUGAUAUGGCAAGAGUGUUGGCACGUAGUUUACAUUUAACCGGAUCUGAGGGUAGCGAGUACGACUUAGUUGUAGCUGAGACAAGUGAGCCGCCCAACCCGCAGCAAACAGAAAAAAUGUUUGCCGCAAAAUUCGGUCUCCAUCCUCGACUUAUGGGCAUCGAUACCAAUGAAUUAUUCACGAAUGACGAUUUUGCACCAUCGGUGCAAACGCCUGGUGCGUCGCAAACAAAAAUGCCCAUUGACGAGACAAUGUGCCAACCCAGUGGUCUUAGCCGUCGAGAAAUGAAUCGUGCACGGCGUAAGGCACGUCAGUCAAUUUCAAAGCAACGUUCCAGGGAGCCUGACGAUACGCAAGAUCACCAAAGUUCGGUAACAAUCGGCAGUGGCGAACCAUAUGUUAAAAGGCCAAAACAAGAAGAAAACGCAACGUCUGAAGCAUCGUGGAGUGGCGAUGAGGGAGGAAACUGGGGAGUCCCAGACGGAACCGGAUGUUGGCCUGACACUGCUGUCGAGUGGCCGCUCGAUUCAUUCGCGGAGAGUCUUUGUCAGGACCUGUUCAGCCAGAAAUGGGAAGUUCGUCAUGGUGCUGCGACAGCGUUGCGUGAACUUGUUCGGCUACAUGGAAAAGGUGCCGGCAAGUCACGAGAUCAAACAAAAGAAGAGAUGGAAGAAAGUCACCGUCGAUGGGUAGAAGACGCUGCGUUGCGACUGCUUUGCGUUUUGGGUCUGGACAGAUUUGGUGACUUUGUCUCAGAUCAAGUCGUAGCUCCGGUUCGUGAGACUUGCGCUCAGGCACUUGGUUCCCUAUUAUUGUUAAUGCCAUGUACCGACAAUUCAAAAAACCGUGAAAAUAGGCAGAAAACAAUAAAGGUGGAGGUCAAAACGGAAGAAGAUAAUGACAAAAUUAAGGAGGGCGGAGCAUUGGGGGUUUUGUCCGUUGUCCUGAAAUUACUCGAACAUAACGAGUGGGAAGCCAGACACGGUGCCCUUUUGGCACUAAAAUAUUUACUCGCUGUUCGAGAUGAUCUUCUCGAUGAACUGCUACCAAGGGCAUUUCCAGCAGCCAUGCACGGGCUCGCCGAUCCAGUGGACGACGUUGGUGCUGCGGCGGCAAGUGCUUUGAUUCCGGUAGCUGGCGUCUUGCCCAAACUUCUCACACCGUCGCAACUUGAAGCUGUUGUUCUGCGGCUUUGGGAGCUGCUGCGUGAACAGGACGAUCUGGCCGCUGCCUGCAACAGCUUCAUGGGUCUACUCGCUGCGAUUUUGUCUUUACCUGCUGCCCGUGAACAUCUUACGCCGCAACCUUUAUCCAAGGUUUUACCAAGGUUGUGGCCGUUCUUAGGUCACUCAAGUUCGAGCGUGAGAAAAGCCACGUUACAGACGCUGCUUACACUUACGGGAGAUGAUGGAAAUCCGAAAGAUGAGCAGGAUCGGUGGGGGGACGCCGGUGGCAGCGUUUUGCAGGAAGCUUUGCGUCAGGUGUUUCAGCGCGCAUUAGUUGAACACGUGGCUGCUAUACAAGAAGUGGCGGAGCGAGUGUGGCAGAAUCUCGUCGUACGGAGUGACCUUCAGUUGCUGUUGCACGCUUCCUGUCCUCUCGUUAGCACGUGGCUUUGUCUUGCCAUGCAACCAGAGCACGUACCGUUUAGUCCCGCUCUGCUGGUGACCGCUACAACAACUCAGCAUAGCUCAAGAGCGACAAAAAGUUGCGGUGGUAACGGAAGCGACGCUCAAUCCGAUUCGAGCAGUAGCGGUGGUUGCGGAAGUGGCGGCAAGUCAGCGUCGGAGUUGAAGGUCUACAUAGGUGGUGUAGAAACUGUAGCUCCAGCAACACGUCGAUCUAAUGUUGUUCGUGCACGUUGUAUGGCAGCAAGAAUGCUUGGCCUACUUUCGUGCUAUGUAGUCCGCCCUGCUCCAGGGGUAAUUUACACGGCAGAUACACCGAGUCCUGCAGUUUGCUACGCAAAAGUUCUGCUGGUCCAUUUAGCCUCACGAUCCGCCCUGCAACGCACGGUCGCGGGACUCACAAUGGCCCAUUGGGCAACCUUAGAACAACCCCAUCCGCCGACGAUACCUGAUAUUCUCAAGGAGAAGCUCUUGGGCUGUCUGAGUGAGUGCGUUUACUACGAUGAGAUUGCUGUGACCUUCACUCGUUUGCUACAAGAGACGCGUGACUAUAUCGCUACUUUAAAGCACUACAAGUUACCGCUCAAGGAAGGAACCGGUCUCGAUGCAUCAGCAAUAAGUACAGGGGUGAUGACUCUUGAGCAAAUCACUAUACUUACGGGGAAAACUGUUUCGAGCCUGUUAAACUUAGGAACUGCUGCUGGGAGCGGCAAUACCGCAGUGAAAUUGAAACCCAAAGUGUUGGACAGUUUAGAGGAACGAAGACGUGCCAUAGAAUCAGGUGCUACUGCAACUGCGAUGCAACAGCAUGCGCUCAAUAUAACAUCCAUGGCAGCGCUCGCAGGGGCUGCGACAAUGCUGCGCUGUCUUCCGGGCGCAGAUUGCCCCCUGAACCCUCUCGUAAAGCCGCUCAUGGAAUCGAUAAAGCGGGAAGAAAAUGAUGAAUUGCAAAGUCUUGCUGCACGCCAUCUCGCACACCUCAUAGAUCUCUGCGUGGAAAGGAAACCCUCUCCAAAUCACAAAAUUGCUUCAAACUUGUGUAUGUUUCUUUGCUCGGAUCCGGAGUUUACACCACGGAUAGUAGGGGACAGUCAGCCAUUUGAGGGUAUUCUCACAUUGACGAACAGACAUCGACACGCAGAAAGAGUUGCUUACAAUCGUGGUGGUUUUGGGGGUAACGGAGGUCGCGGUCCUGGGAGACCACCGACAACGGAAAUACCUCUCGAAGAGCUACUGGCAUAUGAAGAACCGGAAGCGAAGGCGGCGAAAACUCGUCGCCGUGGUGCAACCUUGGCGCUUACUUCCGUAACAAAGCUGCUUGGAGCCCAGCUAUCUUCGCGUCUACCACGUCUCUGGGAAUUGAUGUUACCAGCGGCUCUCAAAAACUCUGGUCCCGACGAAUGUUCCUAUCAGCAAGACCAUCAGGAAGAAGCGACUCAAUUGGUGUCCAGUCUUCAAGUACUGGAAACAGUCGCCUCAAGUCUUGACGCGUCCCUUUUACCGCCCGCGAUUGCAUGUGUACCACGACUUUGCAAUCUUUUGGCACACCCUUACAGAGCUGUCAGACACAUGGCUGCCCGUUGCAUUGCUGUAUUAGGCACUCUGCGCACUGAAGAGGUAAUGAGGCAGGUAGUUCGAAGCGUAAUACCACUCUUAGAGCCGAGUAUUGAGAAAGACAGUUCAAGUACGGAUAAAGUCAAGAUAGUAGCCCCUGCUGAAAUAGAUGCUAAACGUCAAGGAGCAGCCGAAUCACUCGCUUGUUUGGUGGAGAGCUUAGGCGUAGGGAUUGUUCCAUAUGCUGUUCUUCUCGUUGUACCUUUACUUGGGCGAAUGAGUGAUCAAAAUCAAGCUGUACGCCUCACCUGCAGCGCAACCUUUGCGACUCUUGUUCAACUCAUGCCACUCGAUCCUGGAGCAAUUGGAGAUCCACCCCUACUUGGUGAUGAAAAAGCUCAAGAAAGACAUUUUCUGGAACAACUACUAAAUCCACGAAGCAUUCCUGAUACUAAAUUGCCGGUCCCAGUGUCGGCUGAACUACGUGCUUAUCAACACCAGGGAUUAAAUUGGCUUGCCUUUUUGAACCGUUACCGGCUCCAUGGAGUUUUGUGCGACGACAUGGGUCUCGGAAAGACUUUGCAGACAUUGUGCAUGUUGGCCACCGAUCACUAUCAUCAUCCGCAAACAUUUCCGAGUCUCGUUGUUUGCCCGCCUACUUUGACUGGCCACUGGGUUUACGAGGCUGAAAAAUUCUUCAAACCAAAGGAUCUGUCAGCCUUGCAAUACGCCGGACCACCACCGGAACGUGAAAAGUUACGUCCACGGGUAUCUCGGUACCGGUUAGUUGUCGCCAGCUACGAUAUCGUAAGGAAAGAUAUUGAAUUUUUCGAAUCCAUUCAAUGGAAUUAUUGUAUACUCGACGAGGGACAUAUUAUUAAAAAUGGGAAAACAAAAAGUGCGAAAGCUGCCAAACGGCUCAGGGCACAUCAUCGUCUGAUACUCUCCGGCACACCGGUGCAAAAUGAUGUCCUCGAGUUAUGGUCUCUUUUCGACUUUCUCAUGCCUGGAUUCCUUGGUAGUGAGAAACAGUUUGCAGCACGUUAUUCACGACCUAUAUUAGCUAGUCGAGAACCGAAAGCAGGAGCAAAAGAUCAGGAAGCAGGCGCGUUGGCUAUGGAAGCACUCCAUCGUCAGGUGUUACCUUUUUUACUGAGGCGCAACAAAGAGGACGUAUUGCAAGACCUACCUCCGAAAAUUACUCAGGAUUACUACUGCGACCUGUCCCCGCUACAACGUACUCUCUACGAAGAUUUCCGUACCCGACAUUCGGCGACUCUCACCAGCCCAGCGCCGGCCAAUAAUUCAUUGGGUACACACGUUUUCCAGGCUCUACGUUAUCUCCGAAAUGUCUGCAAUCAUCCAAAAUUAGUGCUUACCCCGCGGCAUCCGCAAUAUCAUUACGUAUGCGCUUCACUUAAGCAUCAACAGAGUUCUCUCACCGACAUUGAACAUGGUGCCAAACUUCCCGCACUGAAGCAACUCUUGCUAGAUUGCGGUAUCGGUCAGCAACAGCAGCAACCAGUCUCAAUGACUGCUAUAACGACGACUGAUGGCCAGCAGCAACAAUUGGUCAGCCAGCAUCGAGCCCUGAUCUUCUGCCAGCUAAAAGCUAUGCUGGAUAUCGUGGAAAAAGACUUGCUGCGAGUUCAUUUACCCACAGUUACCUAUUUACGUCUUGACGGAAGCGUACCGGCGUCACAACGCCAUUCUGUUGUUGCCCGUUUCAACGCCGAUCCGUCGAUCGACGUUUUACUGUUAACUACUCAAGUCGGCGGUUUGGGAUUGAAUCUAACCGGAGCAGAUACAGUGAUAUUCGUUGAGCACGACUGGAAUCCAAUGAAAGAUCUACAGGCAAUGGAUCGAGCGCAUCGUAUCGGCCAGAAGAAAGUUGUCAAUGUUUAUCGAUUGAUUACGAGGGCAACACUCGAAGAAAAGAUCAUGGGAUUGCAAAAGUUCAAACUUCUCACUGCCAACACUGUCAUCACGACGGAAAACGCAUCUAUGGAGACCAUGGGAACAGAUCAGUUACUGGACCUGUUCUCGUUGGACACUAGCAAGGAUAAAAGGAUGGAUGGACAGGGAGGUUCUGGUAGUGUUGAUGGAAGUGAGUCUGGAUUUUCUGGCAUCGUUGGAGUUGGUCGAUCUGUGUUAGAAAGUCUCCCAGAUCUUUGGGAGCAGCAACAGUACGAUGACGAAUACGAUCUUGAGUCUUUCCUUUCAACGCUACGUGGUGAUAAUCAACCAAGUCCUGUUUAGAGUCAGAGAUCGAUUUGUUUGGCAUUGACAUUCUUGAGAGGUAUAAAUUCUUGUUUAUAGUAUCCUCCGUCUUGUGUCGCGCGAAAGAGUGAAAUUGACAAUGUUGAGCCGCGAUCUAUCGCAAUGACUAACAUUGCAUUGCCAUAUAUCUUCUCAUGUUGCACUAAAUUUAGGAAACUUUUUUAUUACGCGUAAAAUAUUCGUCGCACAUGAAUUAGAGAUGUCAUUUUAUUGAUAGCCAACGAAUUCUCUCUUUAGAUCAUGUAGAAAAUGGGAUCAUGUAGCCUUAAAGUAAAAAAUUGUAAGAUUACGUUUUAGGAUUAAAAUCAGGCAACCAAAUGCGUAAUGUAGCAAAGAGAGGCUUUAGAGAACGUGUCAAAUUCCAACACGUUAACUCGUGAUAUUUUUUAAAACAACUAUUACUCCCAGUCUUUGCAACAGCUGCCUGAUAAAGUUCGUAUGUAAUGAUAAGAGAACUGUUAAGCCAAAAUUAAACGACGUGUGAUUUGCGAGUCCGUGGCGAAGAGUCGAAAGAACCCGGUAAACAAACACGGCUCAGAAACACUAAGAAUCAAAAUUUAAUUGUACAUUUUCAGAAGCAAAAGUUGCAUUUCAUUCACCUCCAAACUCUUCAUCUGAUUUACGUAGGUUGAAUUAAGGUAUUUUCUCACUUGGAAAGUGUUUCAAAGUAAAUAUUGUCCUUACACCGACUAUCCACAGCGUCAUAAAAUAUUUGCAAAAAGUAAAGAGAACGAUUUUUAGUGAAAGUUAAGAAUAAAUUAUAGCCUUUUGGAUAUUUUCUUUUUAGAUUGUCAUUAGACGGAUUAAUUAAAAAAAUUCCGCCAAGACUUUGCUCAUACUUGAAUUAUGUAACCUCGUUUAUUAUAUGAAAUACAUUUAUUAUUAUUAGGUAAAUAAUUACUUUUCUUUAUUCAUUUUAUUUAUCAAAUAGGAAACUCAACUAAGGUAAAUUUUAUGUAAAAAAAAAAACGGUCUAUACUAUAUGUAUAUAUAUAUAUAUAUAUAUAUAUAUAUAUACACAUAUCAUUUUAUAAUUCCGAUAACAAUUCACGUCUUUGGAUUCAUUUUUAUUCGAUGUUGACUGGUAUUAUUGGAUAUUGGUUUUAAUGAUGCUAUUUUCUUUGUAUAAAAAUCCGUACAAACUGUGAUGACUUUUUCAUUUUAAACUGAGAGCAGAAUUACCUAACUUGAAUUUUACAUUCCAGACAAUUCUGGCUUUUCACUUUAUCGUUGAAUGGUAUGAAAUAUUGCAAACGAAUUGUCAUCUAUAUUUCGUAGACAGCUUCUUCACCUACGGUAUUCAAACUCGCGAAACUAGUAAGUAUCACUUAAGACUAGUCUAACAUAUGUUCAUUGGGUGUAUUUACGUGUCUGAUUGAAAGAAAUUAAUCUUAUUACUUGUUCAAGUACUUAAAUCGUUUUGAAAUAGUAUUUUUCUGAUGAAACAUUUUGACUGUUCCAAGCUUAUCUGAAUUGUCGCCACCUUGUAAUGUUUGCUGGUUGCGUUCAUGCAGUUUAAACAUUUUACAAAAAUAGCGAAAUUGCGAAUUAUAACUUGCACGUUUCUUUUCCUGGUUUGAAUAUUUCAUAAAUUUGAACAAUUUCCAAAAUAUAAAUGACUCCCAAAUUCUCCAGUUAAAGCGCAAUUGCACCGUCGAAGUUUUAGCAGACUUUGCACAUUUGUUUAUUCAAUAAACUGGGAACAAUAGUGAGACUGUUACUUGAAACAAUUCUAAUGAUGAAUUAUUAACGCCGUGCCGUAUAAAUUCUGCACUACAGGCUCGCAAUCAGUUGACCGAUAUACCGACAGUGAGAUUUUUUUAUUCUAUCCUCCCACGCUUUUGGAAAAAAAGCAAUUCCAGAUUAUCGGCCAACAAUCGGACAAGUGCUUUGCUUCCCGAAUCCAAACUAAAUAUCACCGCAAACGAAUUGAAAAUAUGCCAAAUAAAAUCCGUUGUACAAAUUAAAAACUGAUAGAAUUGUUGCAUGAUGAACUAAAUAUAGAUUUAUAAAGAAGGCGAAUGAAUUGCUGUGUCAUCAUUUAACAAUGCGCCACUAAUAAGACAAUUUAUAGAAUAACGAAUGAACAAAAAAAAAAAACAAAUAAAUAAAAAAUCUUGGAUUGUUGAAAAGAGUCGAAAAUAAUAUUGCAAUGUCUCCGAUGUUGCUAAUAAUUGCGACUAUUGAAAUUUAUGAUUGAAAAUUAUUAUGCUGUCCAAGCUUCAGCUCUUAAUAUUAAUACUUAACGGUGCAUCAUCUAAAUUUUCUGUUUCCCAUUUAAAUAACAUGGGAAAUGUUUAUUUUAACUUUGAAAUUUUAUAACUUAUCAACGCAUUAGUGUACUUGUAAGACAAGGAAAGUAUAUUUGACGAAAAUUGAACGCUCUACAAAAAGAGUCUGUUAUCAUCUACUCUCUCAAAAGUUAUUUAAGGUCAAAAGUCAACAAAGGGUCUUAAAUAACUUUUGAAAGAGUAGAUUUAUCAUAAAAUGAUGAGAGAACUUUUUUGCAGAGCGUUCAAUUCUUUACAACUAUACGUUAUGGUCUUAUCAGCUGACUAAUGCGUCGACGAGUUAUAAAAUUCUAAAGUAAAAAAACAACAAUAUUCCCACGUUAUUUAAAUGGGAAAUAGAAAAUUGCGAUGAUGCACCUCUAAGUAUUAAUAUUAACAGCUCAAGCUUGGACUGCAUUAUUUUUUCGUCAUUUGGAACAAUAUUUUCGACUUGAAUUUUGGAAAAAAAUAAAUAGCCGAUUUUUGACACAGUUUAAUGUAUACGUACAUUAGGGUGGUUAUUGUUUAGGGUGUGACGAAUUUUUACCGCACCAUCACUGAAAUCAAUUUCAAAUCAUUUGAAAAGAGUCGCCAAAAUUUUUCAGAUUCUUACACCAAGUCUGAGAUAGCCCGCAUUGUGAUCAAAGUUUCUUACGGAAAUGACACGAGAAAAACUUUUUUUCGCAUUAUAUAUUUUAUCGCGAAAGUAAUAAUGUUCCAAAAAAUCUGUAACUGCGAGGUUUUAGUCGGCAUUAGCGAUGCUAUGUGAAAAAAAAAAAAAAAUACACGUCGUCGUACGAGGCAAUAUAGACGAAUUGCACUUCCUUUAAAUAAAAAAAAAGACAGGUUUCAAGCUUGUGCAAUUCGUCUAGAUUGCCUGGUACGACGACGUGUAUUUUUUCCCAGAUAGUAGCACUAAUUCUCACCAAAACCUCGCGGUUACAGAUUAUUUGGAACAUUAUUACUCUUGCAAUAAAAUAUAUACUGAUAAAAAAAGUUUCACACAUGUUAAUUUCCGUAAGAAAUUUCGAUCACAAUGCGGACUAUCUUAGAUUCGAUGUAAAAAUCUGAAAAAAUUAGGCGAUUGUUUUCGAAUUAUUUGAAGUUGAUUUGGGGGAUGGUCUGGCAAAAAUUCGUCGACACCCUGAAUAAGGACCACCCUAAUUUAUAUAUAUAAAUCCGGAUUUACACGUAACACGGUUACCCAACAACUUGCGGGUGAUUACAUAAUGUAUAAAUUUGUAUGCGCAUACAUAUAUGUACCGUAUACAUACAUAUGCAUAAGACUGGUUUGUACAUAUAAGCGUAAACUCAGUUCACCCACGAAAUAAUCAAUCAAAGUUUAAGGGAUACAAUCUAACUUUCAGCGGAAACAUGUUAGAUCGUUUACUUUCUUAAGGCUUGCGAUGCGUAAUUAAUCAGGAAACUUUGUUUUCCCCGUUUGAAUAGAGACAGGAACCUGGAAAGUUUUGGAUUAUAUAAUUACAUAAUACCUAUAAUACCGACAUUUUUGCUGAGCUAGAUGUCUUUCAUUGUUGUUGACAAUUUUUCUCUUUUCCUUUUUGCAUGGAGAAACUAAAUUGCCGUGUAGAUACCAGAAAGCAUGACUUGUUGAUGAAUAAUAUCUGUGUUGAGCGAUUUACAUUUCGCGAUUGCGACUCUGCUUAAGAUUAAUU